GUGGUUGUAAAGCUCUAAGGUCUGGUUUUGCUGAUCGUUUUAUACUCUCCCCCAGUUUGUAAUUGCGUUACAACAUUACCGCACUUGCAGCUCGUCACAGCCUCACAAAUGUCGUUCGAGUACUGGCAUAUAUUUCCGCUUGGUACAUCAUGAGAUUUCGGAGAUAUUUGGACAUUUUAUUCGUUUUUAUUCUGUUUACCAAGACGACGUUUGCUCAGGGUAAUUCUUGUACUGACGACAGCACAGCCGGUCCCGAUGAUCCACAUUCAUUUGACAAAGCUUUUGACGCUGACAAAGGAUAUGGUUACGUAGUAUAUGGUGACUUGUACAGGUUUGAUUGUUGUGGUACGGUGAAAAGAUGGGAUUUUUCCAUUGGUGACAACGGUAAAAUAGAGCUACAAAUAUGGCGACCUGUCGACAAAAAAGGCAAAAUAUUCAAACUAAUUGGGUUCAAUGAAUACACCGUAACAAAUAAAAAUAGAAAAAGUGGCUUUGUAACCUUUGAUGUCCCAGAUAAAGAACGUUUGUCUACUGAAGAAGAUGACGUCAUUGGUUGGUACGCUCCCGGGGACUCACUGAUUGAGUAUACCGACGGGACUUCAUAUGACGGUAUAUGGAAAGUUGCCCACGAUGAUAAUCUCAAAGUCGGAGACUCUGUAGAUUUUAGCGGAGGUCUUGACCAAGGGUCAAGAACGUACGGAAUUCAGGCGACAUUAGCACCAAACACAGCUCCAAAAUUUGAUCCAAUGCCGGAUAAGAAAAUCAGCAUGGAUAUCAACGUGGGGACUACAAUUUAUACGGUAAAGGUAGAUGACGCGGAUCCAGCUGAUGUGGCAGAUUUAAAGAUGGAAAUGACUACUAAAAAUGAUUUCUUUAUGUUCAAUACCCAGACAGGAGAUGUCAUAGUGCAAUCGACGAUAACUGUUCCAGUAGGCGGACAAACAGUCACACUUGACUUCAAGGUAACUGAUCAUUGUGGAGCCGAAGGCACCGGGUCUCUACAGGUCCAGAUCGACUACGUUGGCGACCCCAACACAACGCCCACUACCACGAAGGCUAAGACCUCUAAGACAAGUCCAAAGGUAAAAACUACAAUAACUGAUAAAACUACCACCGAUGUGAAAACUACAAAAGAAACUAAAAUCACUGAAACAUCUGUUGCCCCUGUUGCAACAGACAAAAAUACAGACAAAAAUGAUAAAACAACCGCCAAACCUGACCUCUCUACGGACCAGGACCCCUCAAAUGGCACGAUGAGUGCUAUGACUGGUGGAUCAUCUGUAGAUGCUGCGUUGAUUGGUGGUAUUGUUGCUGGAAUUGUCGGACUGAUUAUUAUUAUCGUGGUAACAGUUGUGUGUGUGGUAAACAAGAAAGCAAAAGUGAGACCAUCGGGUAAGGACCCAGAGAAAGCUAAUAACGCUUCUAAAGACAAUGCAAAAAAUGACGCCAAAGACAAGCCGAGUCCAACGGAUAAAAAACCGCCAAGCGACUCAAAGUCAACAAUGAAUGGAAAACCACAUGUAAAGGAUAAAGGAUAACAAUUGUAUAUUAGAUUUUCAAUGAAAGAGGGGGAACAUUUGUAUGUAA